UUCAACACAAAUUCCUUCUUCAAUGGCAAUUCAAAUCCUUUUGUUUACACUUUCAUUCAUCCUCUUCUCCUUCUCAGGAGUUUACUCGGUCGAAUUCACGGUUCAAAACAAUUGCAAGUUUCCAAUUUGGCCGGGAGCCUUAACCGGUGCCGGCAGCCAAUUGUCGACCACCGGCUUCAAAUUACUCCCUGGGUCGACACUGACGGUGACCACUUCUCCGCCGUGGUCCGGUAGGUUUUGGGCUAGAACUCACUGCUCCACAGAUGCAACUGGGAAAUUCUCUUGCGGAACCGGCGACUGUGGCAGUGGCCAAGUCACCUGCGACGGCGCCGGCGCAAUUCCGCCGGCAAGCCUGGUUGAAUUCACCAUAGCACCAAACGGCGGCCGAGAUUUCUUCGAUAUCAGCCUCGUCGAUGGCUUCAACUUGCCGGUUUCGGUGACGCCAACGGGCGGAUCGAGUGAGUGCAAAUCGGUAAUUUGUGCGGGAAAUGUGAAUGGGGUUUGUCCGCCGGAGUUGGCCGUUAAAGGGCAGGGUGGCGGCGUGAUUGCUUGUAAAAGUGCUUGUUUGGGUUUGAAUCGGCCGAAAUAUUGCUGCAGCGGAGGCCACGAUCAGCCGCAGACCUGUCCGCCGACGAAUUAUUCAAAGAUAUUCAAGAAUGAGUGCCCUGAUGCUUAUAGCUACGCCUACGAUGAUAAAACUAGCACGUUCACCUGCACGGGCGGAGCCAAUUAUGGCAUCACUUUCUGUCCUUGAUGGGUCCCACCAACAAAUGUAAUUUACUUUCUUUUUUUUUUUUUUUUAAUAAUUUAAAUGAUGGAAUAAAAUUAUUA